UUCACCCGCCCCCGCGCCGGAACAGAAGAGAGAGAGAGAGAGAGAGAGAGAGAGUACGACCCUAGGAGAUCAAGAAAAGCCAACCGAGCACUCCCCAUCUGGAGGAGCAGGAGCGAAUCCACGUAGUUAAUCGGUGGGGGGUCGGGCGUUGCGUCGACGCCAUCGACCCGUUUCCGCUUCCGACGCAACGAGUCAGGCUGCAGAUGAGGGAAGCCGGGCCUCUCAUGCGAUGAGCAGAGGACCGCAAAGACGACGACAACGCGCAGCUCAAUAUCAUUGGUGAGAAAAUGUGGAGGAGAGCAACCAUCUUCUCUCGCCUCCUUUUGCCUUCUCGUGACAUCGCCUCUUCACCCAAGGAUCCAACUGGGUGGAAUUUUGUGGAGGUCUUCAGAACGAAAGCUUCUUUACUGGAUAAAGAUGCUUUUUCUGAGAAAGAACUACAUAUUGCUUUUGUUUUAGGGGGUCCUGGCAGUGGAAAGGGCACACAGUGUGCAAAAAUUGUGGAAGCUUUUGGUUUUACACAUCUAAGUGCGGGAGAACUACUGAGAAGAGAGAUUUAUUCUAAUUCCAAAAAAGGGGAAAUGAUACGUGAUACAAUUAAGGAGGGAAAGAUUGUUCCAUCAGACGUUACAGUGUCCUUGAUAAAAAGAGAAAUUCAAGCAAGUGAGAAUGAUAAAUUUCUUAUCGAUGGUUUUCCUCGAAGUGAGGACAAUCGUGUUGCAUUUGAACAUAUCAUUGGUGCAGAACCAGAACUUGUUCUUUUCCUGGAGUGCCCUGAAGAAGAGAUGAUAAGACGGGUGCUUAACCGUAAUCAGGGACGUAUAGAUGACAACAUAGAGACCAUAGAGAAACGCCUCAAGGUCUUCAACAAGUUGAACUUUCCCGUCAUCAACUACUAUGAUGCAAAAGGGAAACUUCGAAAGAUUAGUGCUGUUGGAACGAUAGAGGAAGUUUUCGAAAAAAUCAAGCCUCAAUUUUCAGCUUAUAAGGAAACCUGAAACAUUAUCUGCAGAAAAGAUGGCAUGGAUGUGUUCCCAGGCUGUAGUUCUAAAUUUUGGAAUUUCAAUGCUACGUUUUUUAGUGGGCAUCUCAUUUAAAGGAAGCAUUCAAUUUUUCUGUAAUAUUCCAAACGGUUUGCUGUAAUUUUCUGCAUUUAAAGUAAGCAAUCGAUGGUCGUGAAAAAACAAUCAUUAAACAGCGAUUCCGCACACGACAACAGGUGCAAUUUAUUACUCUUCAUGUUUUAGAGGCACCAAAUCAAAGUACUAUGGAGGGCGUUCCUCUUUGUAUGAACAUAAUGCGGUUCUCAUCAACUGUAGUUGAAUUUUUGCAUUUGGUGUUA